UGCCCCAUCAUUGGUGUCAGGGGGGGUGGAAUAGUGCCCCAUCAUUGGUGUCAGUGGGGGGGGGGGGAAUACUGCCCCAUCAUUGGUGUCAGUGGGGGGGGGGGAAUAGUGCCCCAUCAUUGGUGUCAGUGGGGGGGGGGGGGGAAUAGUGCCCCAUCAUUGGUGUCAGUGGGGGGGAGGAAUAGUGCCCCAUCAUUGGUGUCAGUGGGGGGGGAGGAAUAGUGCCCCAUCGUUGGUGUCAGUGGGAGGAAUAGUGCCCCAUCAUUGGUGUCAGUGGGAGGAAUAGUGCUCCAUCAUUGGUGUCAGUGGGAGGAAUAGUGCUCCAUCAU